UCCCUUAGACGAAACCCUGAAGAGAGUGGGUUUGUGUGCUGAGGGUUUGUGACGAAGGAACACAAGAUGAGUGGGAAAGUGAGUGGAAAGGUGAAAUGGUUCAACGAUCAGAAGGGGUUUGGGUUCAUAACCCCUGAUGAUGGUUCCGAGGAUCUUUUCGUUCAUCAAUCUCAGAUCAAAUCUGACGGUUUCCGAAGCCUUGCUGAGGGAGAAUCCGUUGAGUUUGCCAUCGAAUCUGACUCUGACGGACGCGCUAAGGCUGUUGAUGUCACCGGUCCUGAUGGUGCCAGUGUCCAGGGAACCCGUCGCGGCGGUGAUGGUGGCCGUGGAUAUGGCGGUGGACGUGGUGGUGGAGGAGGCGGUGGCUAUGGCGGUGGUGGAUAUGGUGGAGGCGGUGGUGGCUAUGGCGGUGGUGGACGAGGUGGAGGCGGUGGCGGUGGUGCAUGCUACAACUGUGGUGAAUCCGGUCACCUUGCUAGGGAUUGCUUCCAAGGAGGCGGUGGAGACAGGUAUGGCGGAGGAGGUGGCGGCGGUGGAAGGUAUGGCGGAGGAGGCGGUGGCGGUGGAAGGUAUGGCGGAGGAGGUGGAGGAGGCGGUGGCGGUGGAAGCUGCUACAACUGUGGAGAGUCAGGGCACUUUGCCAGAGAAUGCCCAACUAAUGCUCGUUGAAGUUUGUUUUAGGGUUUUAUGUUUAUGAUUUGCUUUUAAGGUUUUACUUGAAGAUGUUUAGGAUUUCAGUGGCGCAUGUGUUAUGAAUUUUCAUUAGUAGAAUAGGUGUGUGGGAUUUUGUUUCUCUUUUGGCAAUCAGAUGUUCAUGCGGUCUUAUUACAAAUCUGCAAGCAAGAUCAGAUCUGGCUGGAUUUAUAUUUUGUUAUGGACUUAAAUUUUGUUGUGUUGCAUGGUGAAUUAUUGCUGGUUUAAUAUGAUUCUUUGAGAGUCUUGUUAUGAAGAUUGAAUAUUAUAAUCAGGCGAUAUAUGUUUGCAUGAA